AGCUGGUUGGUGCCGACAGUCGCGUUUGCAACGAUCUAGCGAGCGGUAGCCUCCAGCGGAGAGUGAGAAAGGAACCUGAUUUGGAGUAGAAGGAGCUGAAACUAGGACACAACCAGCCCAUAACCAGAAAAAACAUGAGCCAGAAGCAGCUAGACACCGAGCAAUUGCUCUUCGAGGAGAAGCCCCUGCAUGUGCCCUCAUUGCCGGAGCUGCAGAACGUGAUACAGGGUGCCCUGAGUGGCAAUUUCGCCCAGGUGGAGGUCAGUGUGGGUCCUUGUCCGGAUCUGAAGGCACCUCGCUUUGGUCUUGUGGAGAGCGGACUGGGUGGCAAACCCACUCUGCUGGAGGCAGGCGGACCACCAUUCCUGCUGCCCCUUGUCCAGCGGGAAAAGCUGUACAACAUCAAGGAGAUCACCCGUAAGAUUCAAGGUCCCGGUAAGAUCUUUGCCGUGGGAGCUGGUGCCGGUCCCUGGCCCAUCCGCCGCUCCAACUGUGAGGGCAUCUUCAAUUUGUCGGUGAGUGAGAAGGAUGAGCUGAAUAAUGGCAGCUACACGGCCACCGUGAGGGGAGCUCAUGAGGAGUGCGUGCUGGAGAAGAUUCCCCACACCGAACCCCGUUGCGCCCUGCUGCUGAAUCUCUUCCUCAGCCAGGGCAAGCCCGGAGAAGUGCUCAAGAUUAGCGCCAAGCAGCGCACCGGCGAGCAGAACUUCAUCGAGUGCAUCCGCAAGGGAUUGGAGGAGCACUACGGCGACAAGGUGGUGGGUCUGGGCGGUAUCUUUGUGAUCAAGAAAGGCGCUGCCCACCAGCACGUGAUGCGGGACUUUAGCAAGACGCCAAUCAACACGGACGAAGAGGUCAAUGAGUGGCUCAAGUUCUACGAGAUGCCCGCCCAGCUGAAUGCCGUGGGCACACUGGUGACCAAAGAACACGACCUGGAUCUCCGCCUGCAGCACUUCCACUCCUUCUCCUUCAGCAACUGGGGUGGUCACUACCAUUAUGACACCACGCCGGAGACUGUGGAGUACGAGGCGUACCUCAAUGUGGCCGAGCGAGUGGUGCGUGUGGACAAACCCGUGUCUACGCACAAGGUGGGACGCGACUAGAUUUUAUCUUAUUGUAACCGACUUUUUCCAUUGCCUUAAGCCCCCCCCCUCGUAAA